AUGACUGAUCCAGAACCAUCCAGAAUAAAACAUGAAGAUACUGAGGAACAAAUAGACCAGAUUGAGGUGAUGGAGCAAAAACACAAACUGAAUGAAGUGGAGGAGAAACAUGACUUCAAAACUCAAGGAACAAAAGCCAAAAAGCUGCACUCCUGCUCUCAGUGUGGAAAGAGUUUGCAAAAUCAACGAAACCUUAACAGACACAUGAGAAUUCACACUGGAGAGAAACCGUAUACAUGCACUCAGUGUGGAAAGUGUUUUUCUCAAGCAUCAGGUCUCAGUUUUCAUCUGUACAUUCACUCUGGAGAAAAACCAUUCAACUGUGAUCAGUGUGGUAAAGAUUUUAAUUCGUCUUCAAAUCUAAAAAAACACCUGAGAAUUCAUUCAGACGAGAAGCCUCAUGUGUGUUCUCUCUGUGGAAAGAGUUUUUCACGGCCUGACAGUUUUAAAGAGCACCAGAAAACGCAUAGUGGAGAGAGAGAUCAUGUGUGUUGUGACUGUGGGAAGAGCUUUACUGCAGCUGCCACUCUGAGACAGCACCAAAGAACUCAUACUGGGGAAAAACCUUACAAGUGCUCAUACUGUGACAAGAGAUUCACUUUGGCUGGAAACCUGAAAGUACACGAGCGAGUUCAUACUGGAGAGAAGCCGUACAACUGUAUUCAGUGUGGAAAGCGUUUCAAAGAUUCAACAGGUUUAAAAAUUCAUCUGCGCAUUCACUCUGGAGAAAAACCGUUCAACUGUGAUCAGUGUGGUACAAAGUUCGUUUCAUCAUCACAUUUAAAAAAACACCUGAAAGUUCAUUCAGAUGAGAGGCCUUAUUUGUGCUCUUUUUGUGGAAAGAGUUAUUCAAGGCUGGAUCAUUUUAAAAUGCACCAGAAAACACAUGCUGAAGUGAAAGAUAAUUUAUGUAGUGACUGUGGGAAGAGCUUUGCAACAGCUGACAAUCUGAAACAACACCAAAGAAUUCAUACUGGAGAAAAACCUUUCAAGUGCUCAUACUGUGACAAGAGUUUCACACUGUCUGGAAACCAGAAAUCACAUGAACGACUUCACACUGGAGCGAAGCCGUAUCACUGUACUCGGUGUGAGAAGAGUUUUAGACAUUUAUCAAGCCUUCAUGCUCAUAAAAAAACUUUUUGCAAGUAAUUAACAUGAUAAAAUGAAAUUCUGUGAGAUAAAAUAUGCAGUUUGUCCUAAAAGCACUGUAUAAUCUAGAUUCUAGAUUAAAGGUAAGGUAGGCAUUUUUUUUAAAACACUUGUAUUUACACUUGUUGAAACGCUUUUUACAUCCUGAUAGGAAUCAAUAAAUAGACGAAAACAUGUACAUACACUAUAUUGCCAAAAGUUUUGGGACAUCUGUCUUUACAUGCACAUGAACUUUAAUGGCAUCCCAUUCUUAAUCCGAAGGGUUUCGUAUGGAGUUUCAACUCUUCUGGUAAGGCUUCAGAAGAGUUGAAGAGUUAAAUGACAGCCCAGGUCAUUUCCAGCACUUGUUUUUCCUCAGCUGCAUAUCAACUGGACUUGAUAUUUCAGUUGAACAGAUUUGUCUCUAUAUAGACAUUUAAUAAAGUGUUAAUUCAA